UAAUGUAUUUUUACUUUUUGAAUUUAAUUAGACAGAUUUUUUUACGGAAAAAUCCUUUAUAACCAAUCAAAUUCGUAAUUGAACCAGCGUAAAAAUAACUCGCAAGAUGGCGUCGGCUGUUGCCAAAGCUCAAACAUUCUCUUGUGAAAACCAGUAUAAAUCUGUCAUUGAACUUUUAAAUGAUCAAAGAAAGGCACGGCGGUUCUGUGAUGUGAUUUUGCGAGUUGGAAAAGAACAAUUCUAUGCACAUUCAAAUGUAUUAGCAGCAACAAGCCCUUAUUUCGGUGCGUUCUUAGGACAGGGUCAGGAUCACCCGAGGGCAUUUUCACAGAAAACUCCACAAGUUAUCGAAAUACACAUUGACGGUGAUUGUGAUAACCACGGGUUUACUACGGCCGUGUCUUUAGUACUUGAUUAUAUGUACAGCAGCAACAUAACAUUAGACUCUAAUUACCUCGUUCAAGUUGUAGAAAUUGCAAAAAUAAUGCAAAUGGAAAAAGUUUUGGAAUUUUGCAACAAAUUUGAAUCUGGCAAACAAUUAGAUGUUGACAUACCAUUAGUUAGAACCACACCAGUACAAACUCAGACAGAACCACAAUUUACAUUUUUAGAAAACAAAUCUGUUCAGACGUGUCAAACUAACACAAUUUUUGACAUUGGCUGCAAAAUUAAGCAAGUUCCAAAUCCUGAUGUAGAGAAAGUUGAGAGUCUAAAAGUGAAAGAUAAACAAAUACAGGCAGCAGAAAAAUGCAAGAAACUUAUAAAAAAAUCAAGUGCAUUUCUAUUGGACAGGAAAAAGGAUAGCAAGAAAAAUAUUUCAUUACCUGGAGUAACUCGCAGAAAAAGAGGCCGCCCACCAUUACCAUUUAAUGUUAAAAUUAAUAAUCUUAUUGAACAAAAUCAAAUGAAAAAAGAAGGCGAGAUUGAUCAGGUAGAAGAAAAUUCAACAACAAUAGCACCUGAAUCAAAUAACAAGCACAUCCAUGAAGAAAGUCAUGAAGGUACAAAUUGUAAACGCAUUAAAUUUGAAAAUGCUGAAACAUUGGAAGCAAAGAAAAGCAGCAAAGAAACAAACAUGGAACAGACAGGAGGCAGAUUUCCUUCACGAAAAAAUAGAGGAAAGAAACCAUCAAAAUUUUUAGAUGAUGCUGAAUCAGAUUCUGAUGCUCUUGUGGUUGAUGAAACAGUAGAUGAAUCUUCCCCAAGUCAGCUAAAGCUUGAAAAUAUAUGGCACAACUGUGAUGAAUGUCCGUAUUCUACAAACUCGUCAUAUCAAUAUAAUAGACAUGCAAAAGCUCAUCAGAAUGAUAGAGAUCGCCUUGAAGGAAGUGAAAAAGAAUAUAAAUGUGAUCGUUGUGAUUUUUCAGCUCACAAAUACAAAGUUCUACAGACACAUAUUCAAGAACAUCUACAUGCUGAAAACAUUUGCAGUUUCUGUGAUUUUGAAGCUGAAAAUUCAGACUCACUACUUGAACACAUCCCGAUUCAUAAACCACCCCAUCCGUAUCAUUGUAUUUAUUGUGACAGCAAAUAUAAAACAAGAGCUCAGUUAAAUGUCCAUCUUCCAAAACAUUUAACUGUUAAACCUUUUGUCUGUGAAAUUUGUCAAGCUGCAUUCAAGUGGAAACAUGCACUUAAAUGUCACAUGGCCACUCACAGUGAAACAAAAGAUCAUCUGUGUGAUGUUUGUGGAUUUGCAACAGCUCACAAAAGUCAAUUAAAAGCACAUAAACUCAUUCAUACAGGAGACACAUAUAAAUGUGAAUAUCCAAAUUGUAAAUUCCAGUCAAUCAAAAAGCAGAGUUUGAAAUAUCAUAUACUAACACAUACUCAGGAAAAACCUCAUCAAUGUGAAAUCUGUGGGCAAAGUUUUUCAUUGAAAAAAAAUCUAAACAGACAUGCAUUACUUCAUACUGAUGUACGACCAUAUAAAUGUAAAUUUAAUGAGGUUUGUAACUUCGCAACAACAAGAUAUGAUAAGUUAAAAGAACAUUUGCUCAAAAUUCAUAGUCAUGGAGAGGCACCAAGCAAAAGGUUUAGACUUUCUGAUUAUCCCAAAAGUUUAGUUCCUCCUGAUGAAGAAGAGCCUCCAAUGCCUAGUGUAAUUCAUAUUGAGAAUUCUGAUAUUAGUUUAGGCCAGAUAUCAUUGAAUGAUUUAGAGACAAAAGUAUACAUACAGCAACCAGGAGGAGAAUCUGUUCCCAUCACACUUGUGGCAUCUAAAUUUGAAAUACCAUAUCAAUUAAUAACUAAACUAGAGAAUUAAUUGUUACUUGUAUGUAUAUUAAAAAAAACAGUAUUUAUGAUGAAAAAUAA